AGCCCCAGGCUGAGUCUGGAAAGUGGUGAACACACCAUGGGGAUCUCCUUGUGACAGACAGCAUAGAGAAGAGGCUGUGCAUGGGAAGCAGUCUUUUUGUGCUGCACUUCCUUUCUGACCUGAUAACCCACCUUCAUCUUGCUCUCCAUCACUAGUAGAAACAAGGACCUGAUGUGAUGCAGCCCAUCUUAGUGUGCAGCACAGUCCACCCUGCAUGCUGAAGGAGACAGAGGCUCCUCUGAGGAGCUAGCACUGGAUGACUGUAAGAAAUCAAAUGCUCUCACAUCCCCGUGUGUGACUGUUUCGGAGGGGAGGAGAAUUUCAGAGACUUGAUAGCCAGCGUUUCUAGAAUUCAGUUCCCAGUUCUGCAGUAGUAGCUGGCUGUUUUUUUUUUCACAGGGUUUUUUUCACAGGGUUUAGAUGUACUGCUUUGUUAACACCCCUGACAGCAGGACAGGGAAGACCCAUUUGUGGUGUUCCUGCCCCAUUGAGAUUUAUGCCAUCUGCUUAUUGGAGGUGUUGUCAUCUUCACAGUAGUCUGCCACCCUUCCAGCAGAUAGUGCGUCAUGUGUGUUAUCUUCUGAUCUGACUUGUUAGCUGUGGGAGAUAAAUGCUUUGCUAAUGUCUUCAUACCCUUUCCAUGAACUGCAGGAGAGUGCUGAAGCUGGGAAAGAAUUGGUUUCCCUCCAUUCUCCCUGAUGAGUGUUGGGCAGAGGCACGUCAUAGGCAAAUCAUCUUCCCAGACAUUUUGGAUUUGCAAAAUGAAAAUCAUAUGGAAAUGGGAGCUUUAAAGAACACAUUUGAAUGUUCAGGUUAUGCUAUCUUUGCUUUCUUUGCUUCUCAUGUCACAGAUAUCGUGGUCAUGUUGCUCUCUGAGAUGUGAGCUUUUGGCUGUCAGAAGUUUGGUGCUGCUAGCAUUCAGUGUGCAUCACUGUUGUGCAGCUGAAUGAACAGUACAGGGCAUACCCAAUCUGUGACCUUCAGUGGGAUUUGUAAUAAAACAACUUAGUAAGAGUGAAAAGACACAAGAUAGCAAUCUUAAGUGAAGCUUCGCUUAUCUAAGAAAGAAACAUGGGUAUUUCAUGUAGGUGUGUGCACAGCAUGUCAGCUGUCAAAUCAUUGUAUGUGAAAAUGUAUGAGGGCUGCUCCAAAAGCAGUGCCUCCUAUUUUAUCAUGUUGGUCCACAGCAUGAGAGGUUGGUGGUGUGGCAGGAGAGGCUGACCCUUCCCACCAAUACGUGUCACACUUUGUUGCUCUGUGACAAGUGGCAGCAGAGGGGCAGUCUGACAUGGAAGUGCAUAUGAAGCAAAGCUCUGUAAUUGAAUUCUUCCAUGUGGAAAAAAAUGCUCUCAUUGGCAUUCACUGAUGCUUGCUGAAUGUUAAUGGUGACCAAACAGCAGAUGCUAGCACAGUGAAAGUUUAACUGCAUGGGCAACAUUUUCCUAGCAGCAACUCCAUCGUAGCAGCUGUGAAGCAGAAGUGCAGAUUUCAGUGAGUGCAGCGUGCAGGCUCCUGUUCAUUGCUGAUGAAUAUGCAUGGCUAAUGGUGAUGACUAUGUUGAAAAAUGGUGUUUUGUAGCAGAGAAUGUGCUCCAUCAAGUAAUGUUAUUGUAUUCUUUGUAUCUCUGCUGUUCCUGUGAAAGAAGUAGGAGGUAUUACUUUUGGAGCAACUUAAAUAUAUGACCUCUUCCUCCUGCUGUACUUUAGGUUUUCUUUAUUCUUUCGCUUACGGAAUCCUUACUGUCUUCACAAGGAGUGCUGGGUGCUUGAAGUGUUUUGGGCAUUUAGGUGUUUGAGAUGCUGGAAAGAAUGGGUCUGAAUUCUUUAUUCAUUGUGCAUGCACAGCUUGCAUUUGUGAAUACAAUUUGCCUUAGUGUGAAGAGGCCAGAACCAGAAGAACUCUACUUUUCGGUUGAAAUGGGAGUACAUGUUCUUGUUAAAAUCCAACACAAUGUUUUUAAAAAAACUUAAUUGUAUUUUAUAAAGUAUUCCUUGCAUAAAUUGUUGCAUAUUGAAUGGAAAUAAAAUUUAUUUGUUAUUCUCAUGCAUCUUCUGUAAUAUUAGUGUAAUUAGUAUGUUGGUGUAAUUAGAAGGAAGCAUGUAGUGUGGCUGUGUUACCAUUUGUGUAGCAGUGCUGGAUGAUGCAGAACUUGAGUAUUUAAAGUAUUUUUUUUCUCCCUCUGUGUAUCUGCUUGAAUGUUACAGUUGUGUCACUAUGUGCCAGGAAUUAAAUAUUCUUUCAUUUCAGUAUUUUAGCAGAUCCAGGAGUGACAACAGCCGACACUCUUCAUUUGAACCAUUGUAAACCAAUGGCAGAAAACGCAACUCUCUGACUCCAAGAACAACUAUGUUUCCUUGUCCUGGCUGCCUGCAUGAUAUUGAUCUUGGAGAACGUGGUGUCAAUGGCUUAUUUCGAAAUUUUACUUUGGAAACAAUUGUGGAACGACACCGACAGGCAGCCAGGGCAGCCAUAGCUAUUAUGUGUGACUUCUGCAAACCUCCACCUCAAGAAUCCACAAAGAGCUGCGUGGACUGCAGUGCAAGCUAUUGCAAUGAAUGUUUCAAGGUACACCAUCCCUGGGGAACUGUAAAAGCUCAGCAUGAGUAUGUUGGACCAACCACCAGUAUCAGACUUAAAAUUCUGAUGUGCCCAGAACAUGAAAUGGAGAAAGUGAACAUGUACUGUGAAAUCUGCAGAAGACCUGUCUGUCAUCUUUGUAAGCUGGGUGGAUCUCAUGCAAACCACAGGAUAACAGCAAUGAGCACUGCCUAUAAAACUCUGAAGGAAAAGCUUUCAAAAGAUAUAGAGUAUCUCAUCAGUAAGGAAAGCCAAGUAAAAGCUCACAUCUCACAGCUGGGUCUGCUGCUAAAAGAAACAGAGUGCAAUGGGGAAAGAGCUAAAGAAGAGGCAUCUCAGAGUUUUGAGAAAUUAAUUAAUAUCCUGGAGGAGAAGAAGUCUGCAGCUCUUAGGGCAAUUGAAGUGACUAAGAAUUUAAGGCUGGACAAAUUGCGAACCCAAGCAGAAGAAUAUCAAGGUCUCCUGGAAAAUAAUGGUCUUGUAGGAUAUGCUCAAGAAGUCCUUAAAGAAACUGAUCAGUCCUGUUUUGUUCAAACAGCAAAACAACUUCACGUCAGAAUCCAAAAAGCUACUGAAUCUCUGAAGAGCUUCCGGCCAGCAGCUGAAAGUUCUUUUGAAGAUUUUGUGGUGGACACAACCAAGCAAGAAGUGAUCCUUGAUGACUUAUCCUUCUAUUCCAAUGGUCUUGAAAUACCAGAAAUCAACGAGGAGCAAUGCAGAAUGUAUAACAAAGCUGUGAUCAGUUGGGAAUCCUCCGGGAAGACAGACUCUGCUGAUAUGUAUGUUCUUCAGUAUCGCAAGCGUAGUAGAGAAGAGGAGAGUAUGAUGUGGCAGGAAGUUGAAGUUUACAACAAGAGCAAAGUCAUAUCUGAUCUUGAUGAUGACAGUAGCUACACCUUCAGAGUUCGAGGAUACAAAGGGUCCAUCUGUAGCUCAUGGAGCAAAGAAGUUAUUUUGCGUACACCUCCUGCUCCAGUUCUUAGCUUUCUUUUUGAUGACAAAUGUGGGUACAACAGUGAACGUCUCCUGCUGAACCCAGAAAGAACCUCUGUGGAAAGCAGCGCUGGAUUUCCUUUACUGCUAAGAGCUGAACGCAUGCAGUUUGGAUGCUACACAACCCUGAAUUACAUCAUUGGUGAUACUGGUGUUGCCAAAGGGAAGCACUUCUGGGCUUUUCAUGUGGAAGCCCAUUCUUACCUGGUAAAAGUGGGAGUUGUUUCUAGCACCAAGAUACAGAAAUUUUUCCACAAUACACAUGAUGUGACAAGCCCAAGGUAAAUUCCAAGCAUGUGCAUGAAACAUGUUUUGUACAAGAAGAUGGUUGGGUAUAUUUUAUUUUAUUUUAUUUUAUUUUAUCAAUUUAAAAGCAAAUGUAGUCUCAUUUAACAAACUUGAACCUAACCAGUGGAAAGUAGCUUGAAGCAGUAAGAUAUAUGCAGGUUGUCCUAUUCCUUUUCUUGUUCCCUGCUUUCAGUAGUGAGCUGUUUGAAUUACGCAGGGUCCGAUUAUCUUUCUUUUUUGGAAAGAAGUCAAGCUCGGAGAAACAUUGAGAUACAUCAGUUAAAGCAAGAAGGUGGAAAGCAAUCCAUUAGCUGUGAGACUGAAGCAAUUCUUGGUUGUCAUUAGGUAGACCAUUAGCAUGGUAGAUUGUCAACUGUUCAGAGGUACAGAGUUCACAGAGUUGUCUGUCUGUGUAGUAGCUUGCAUCAUGAUGGAUUUCAAGUUGCUUGCAUGUGGUUUUUGGAUUGCUGCUGAGCAGAGUCAGAAUACUGUGAAGAAACCAGCCCCAAAAUUUCCAGCUCUCAAUUACAGCUACAGUAAACUCAAAUGUAUCUAGAAAUGGAAGGCUGGGAAGGUAUUGUCUGGAGACUGUAGCUUCAUAUCUUAACAGGUGUAUCGGCUUCUUCCUAUCCAGUGUAACAAAACUGAAAAAAUGUUCAUGUCUUAAGUUGCUUAGGCAGCGUAGUGAUGUCCUAAGAUGUGUAAUAAGGCAGUUGCAUGGCAACCUCUUUAGAACAAGAGGUGUAUUUAUUGGUGUUACUUAGUAUUAUGUAAAUAA